AUGAAAAAUGAAUCUAAAGAAUCUAAGAAGAAGAAGCGAGAGAAUAAACCGAAGCCAGUUAAAAAGCCGCACUUCAAUAUCGAUGAGAGUUGGAACGUGAUCAAGAUAGAACAUUGCUUCGAGUGUCCAAUUUUUGCUGUGAAAUCUCAAGAAAUUUUCAAUAUUUUGUGUGAAAACUUUCCAAGAAAUAAAAUUCGACUUUUAUGCAAUGAGUCACAUAUUGAUGGAUCAAGAAUUGAACCAAGAUUGGGGGCAUUUGAAAUAAGUUUUGCAAAGAGUUAUAGAGAAACUUUUCAUUUAAUUUGGAGUGGAAUUGAAAAGGGACCGCCGAGAAGGGAAAAAUUUCCUAGCAAUGUUGAUGAUCUUGUGCGUCAAAUCACAAAAAUUCUUGUAAAUAUUUAA